CAAUGUGACUAAGAGUUUAAAUUUAUUUCUCCAUUGUUUUUUCACCUCGACCAUUGACUUUUUUUUAUUAUUUUCUAUAAUUAUUUAGAGUUUUUCUAUCGUUUUCCUUUUAUUCUGAGUCGUCAUUUUUCUCUUUUCCACCAUGUUCAUCACAAAUAAGAAUAUUGCUGAAAGCCUUGUCCGGUCUCUUCAGAAUAGUUUCAACAGUCAAACAAAUUGUGAGAUUACAUUGAUGUGUGAUGGUAAAAACAUCAAGUGUCACCGUCAUGUUCUGGUUUUACACUCAAUACACUUCAGUAAUUUAUUUAAAGAACAGAAAGAUUUUCCCAACACCAUUGCCGUAGUGAAUAUGAAAUUUAAUCAUCUCAAGGCCAUAUUAGAUUAUAUGUAUUUUGGACGUAUUAAACUUCAAGAGGAUUCUGAUGAAAUGAAUCAAAUAAUUAAAUGUGCUGAGGAUCUUGGACUGUCUGCAUUAGUUACUUUCAUUACUGAUUUUCUUAAAAGCUCAUCAAAGCAUAAACUCAAUGGUUCCAGUGGUAAUCUUUCAAAUAGUGUUUUAAAUGGAGAUGAAGUACUUGUAAAAAGAAAGCGUACUUCGGAUAUUGACAAUACUCCACGGGUCCAUGAUAAAAAGAGAAAGCCUGAAGUCGAUAAUGUUAAACUUAAAGGAGAAGAAGCUGAUAGAAUUCAAGAAGAAGCUGUAAGAAAAGCCGAAGAAAAGAAAAAACAACUGGAAGAAGAAGAAGCUAUAAGAAAGCCGAAGAAAAAGAAGCUACAAGAAGAAGAAGCUGCUAGAAAAGCAGCAGAAAAGAAGAAGGAGGAACAAGAAGCUGCAAGAAAAGCCGAAGAAAAGAGAAGACAACAAGAAGAAGAAGAAGCUGCCAGAAGAGCCGAAGAGAAAAAGAAACAAGAAGAAGAAGCCGCACGAAAGGUCGCAGAAAAGAAAAGGCAACAGGAAGAAGAGGAAGCUGCUAGAAAAGCCGAAGAGGAGAAAAAUAAGAAAACCACCAAAUGUGACGAAUCAGCUUCAACAAAAAGCUGCGCUGUUUGUAAUAAACAGUAUAAAGACAACAUUGACCACAAGAAAUUACCUGAGGGUUAUACAUUUGACAAGAAAUGUGUAGUACCCGGAUGUGGAAAAUCAUUACCCUUCCGUCGAGCACUUAAUGAUCAUCUACUAAGAGCUCAUAAAUUGGAUGUUUGUGAUGGUUAAACUUACCUCGUCUCUCAUUUUGAAUUUAACACUUUUUUUUCACCUCAAAUUAAUUCCACGUGAAAAAAACCAACAACUCCACUAAACUCGAACCAAAAUGAAAACAAAAAGUAUCAUGUAAAUAGAUGAAAAUUUUUUAAUUAACAUGGACAAUUAAAUCAUCACCAAAUGAGCUGAAUUGAUUGAUCUCCAAUUUUCACCAAUCAACAAAAUGUACAAAAUCAAUCACACAGGAAUCAAUCGUAACCUUGCAGUUAACAGUUUAAACAAAGAUUUUUGAAACAUUUGAAGGUGAGUCCAAUUAGACUAUAAUAAUAAUAGUCUAAUUGACUCUCGAAUUAGGUUAAUUAACCAUUCACAUAAACUGAAUCAAUAAAAUUCAGUCGAAACAAUCAACUUGCAGCCCAACGGAUAUAUAAUUGUUUUCCUCCUCUUCCUUUGUUGUUAUGGAAAUGCCUUGAACCCUUUAAUAAGAUAAUACUAAUGUUCAUGUUGUAACAAUUGAUUGAAAAGUUAACCAUCAAGUUAAUCAUGAUGAUAAGCUUCAAUUAAGAAUCAUAUUUCCCUGAUUACACACGAGAAAUUGAUUGAUUAUCAUUGAAGCUGAUCAAUAAUGUGAAUUCAUAAGACAAAGUAAAUUGAUUGUAAUACGAAAA